GUGUUGCCUGUGGUGAAAAGUUUAAAAGAGAGUGUGUGUCCUGCUGUCCCUCAGCAGAAGCAUCAAUCAACAUGAUCCCCAUCGUGCUGGCCUCUGUGCUCAUUGCUAGCGCCCUUGGGUGCGGCACCCCAGCCAUCGAACCUCUGACUUCCCGUGUGGUCAACGGAGAAGACGCCAAGCCCCACAGCUGGCCCUGGCAGAUCUCUCUGCAGUACGAGAGGGAUGGUGUGUGGAGGCACACAUGUGGGGGCUCCCUGAUUGCUGCCAACUGGGUCAUGACUGCUGCUCACUGCAUCAACACCAACUUGUCCUACAGGGUGUUUCUGGGCAAACACAACCUGGUUGAGGAUGAGGCUGGCUCCAAGGCCAUCCUGCCCGAGACCAUUAUUGUCCAUGAGCAAUGGAACCCCAUCUUCGUGGCCCUCGGCAACGACAUUGCCCUGAUCAAGCUGUCAGAGUCUGUGACUUUGAGCGACCAGGUGCAGUUGGCAUGUAUCCCCACUGCUGGCACUCUGCUGGCCAACCUCUACCCCUGCUACAUCACCGGAUGGGGCAGACUCUACACCGGAGGCCCCAUAGCUGAUAAGCUGCAGCAGGCUUUGAUGCCUGUGGCUGACCAUGCCACCUGCUCCCAGCCUGACUGGUGGGGUGUUGCUGUCAGGACCUCCAUGGUGUGCGCCGGCGGAGAUGGAAUCGUUGGUGGAUGCAACGGUGACUCUGGUGGUCCUCUGAACUGCAAGAACAGUGAGGGAGUCUGGGAGGUGCACGGCAUCGCCAGCUUCGUCUCUGGCCUGGGCUGCAACUACGUGAAGAAACCCACCGUCUUCACCAGAGUCUCUGCUUUCAACGACUGGAUCGACCUGACUAUGAUAAACAACUAAGGAAGCUGCAG